CGGGCGGGCGGGCUCGGGAAGGGCGGGGAGAGGCGGUGGCCGCGGGCGCCGGGGCGCGGACCUGUCAGACCCGCGGAGCCGGCCUGGCGCUGCGGGCGCUGCAGGCGAGACCAGCCCCGCUCCCCGGCGGCUCCGGGCCGAGCCGAGCCGAGCGGGGGCGGGGAGAUGAGCGGCGGCCCCGCGGCGGCGCCCCACACCGACGCGCCGCCCCCUCGCGGAGCCGCGGCGCCUCCUCCGCGCCCGCCCUGCGCCCCCCGCCGCCGCCGGGGCUCCGGCACCCACUUGCGGGCUGCGAUGGGGCGCCUUUAAUGCCGAACGUGCUUCGGGUCCCACGCGAUGGGGAGGGACGCGCGGCGGUGAGGUAGGGGCCGCCCCGCCGGCCGGCGGUCCCUGCAGCCGCGGGCCGUUCCGCGCGCGGCGCGCAGCCUCUGCCAUGGCCGGGGCCGGCGCGUGGAAGCGCCUCAAAUCUCUGCUGCGGAAGGACGACGCGCCGCUGUUUCUGAAUGACACCAGCGCCUUCGACUUCUCGGACGAGGCGGGCGACGAGGGGCUCUCCCGGUUUAACAAACUUCGCGUGGUGGUGGCCGACGACGGCUCCGAAGCCCCGGAGAGGCCUGCUAACGGGGCGCACCCGGCCCUCCAGGCCGACGACGACUCGCUGCUGGACCAGGACCUGCCGCUGCCCCGCAGCCGCCUGAGCCUGAAGGCGGACCCCUGCGACAGCUGCAGCCGGCGCCGGGAGCGGCUGGCCCAGAGGAAGGUGAAGACCCGGCUGACCAUCGCCGCCGUGCUGUACUUGCUGUUCAUGGUUGGAGAACUCGUAGGUGGAUACAUUGCCAAUAGCCUAGCAAUCAUGACAGAUGCCCUUCAUAUGUUAACUGACUUAAGUGCUAUCAUACUGACCCUGCUUGCUUUGUGGCUGUCUUCAAAAUCACCAACCAGAAGAUUCACCUUUGGAUUUCAUCGCUUAGUAGUAGGACUUAAGACAUAUCUUCUUUUAAAGCAAUGGAAAAUAGAUGGUAACCUAUCUAGUUUCAUAAUCUCAGACUGUAAUGUCUGUCCUCUUAGAUGUUUAAGAAAUAAGCCUGAAAAAAAUCUUCCAGAUAGGAUAAACAGACAUUAAAAAACUUUCAUCUUUGUAUGUUAUAUCAGUCAUUUUUAAUGUCCCCCCAGCCCAGCAGCAGCGGCAGAGAGGACAGAAAGCAGCCCCGGAGGGAGUAAGGCUGGUGAAGACACGGUGCAGUCCGAGAGUGAAGCCUCGUGUCUCCAAGAACGUAGAUGGGGUCAGCACACCUCACCUCACCUCACGGGCUGCGCCAGCCUGCAGCCUGUUCUGUGUGGCCCAAAGAACCGAGAAUGAAUUUUACAUUUUAAAAUGGUUCUUAAAAAUCAGAAUAAUUAUAUUUUGUGAUGUGAAAAUUCUAUGAACUUUACAUUUCAAUGCUGAAAUCCCAGUUUGUCUGUGACCACUCAGUUAUGCCCGUUGUCCUGGCAUAAUUAUUAAUAGCAUCUCCUUUUAUUCUCAAAAUGGCCAGUUUAUGAUAAUAAAUGAUAAGGUCACCCUAAAAAAAAUGUCAGUGUCUGUAAAUAAAAUGGUAAACACAAACACACAUUCAGUUAUGUGUAGUCUGACCGCUUGCAUGCCGCAGGAGCAGAGUUAAGUAGUUACAAUAUAAAGCGUCUCCCUUUAGAGGAGAACUUUGCCAGCCCCUGGCGGAAGUCCCUGUUGUGUUCUUCGAGGCCUGGCAGCAUAUGUGGAUGCAGCGAGCCCUUUGAGAGCCCACUUAGAAGCUGCUGAGUCUGGUCCCUCAGGGGCCACUGAAAGCUCUUUUCUUCCCUUCGCCUCUUUUCUUGUCUUUAUCCCCUUGGAGUUUGGGCAGAAAUACAGGAAAAGAGUAGCAAGUUUCAGAUGUCACCUAUGCACCAUAUGCUGUAUCUAAUGUUCACUAGCAAAACAGUUUUCUACCCAGAACAUGAUCACCAGAAUCAUCUAAUAAUAAUUUUCAUCAUAAACCUUUAUUCACUUGAUUUUUAAAUUUUUUUUACUAAAGUUAUGACAAAAAUAAAGGAAAUAAAAAUGUAUGUAUGAUGAGUACCUUUAUGUAGUUUGUGCCAAAUGAAAGCUCACAAAUGAAAAAUAACACUUUAUCUGCUAAAUAAGAUAUUUGUGAGGUUUUUAAAAGUGUUCUUUAAAAUUUUCCAGUUACCUAGGAAAAGACAACUAUUUUUGAAAAUAGUAAUAAAAUAAAGUUUUAAAUUAUUCUAGUAAAUAAAGAGAUGUUGCAUUUUGUUUAUCUA